AUGUCCCAAGGAAAUUACAGUGUUGUGAGUGAUUUUUUUAUUGUUGGUUUUCCUGGACUUCUCCCUGAGUACUUCAGCCUUGCCUCAUCUGUUUUAUUCUUUGUUUAUCUAUGUACAUUAUUUGGAAACAGCCUUAUUCUUGUCUUAUUUGCAACUGAUCGAGCCCUCCAUAAACCUAUGUAUUUUAUUUAUAUAAAUUUAGUUGUGUCUGACAUUCUCUUCAGCACAACCACUUUACCAAAGAUUAUCGCCAAAUAUUGGUUUCAAGCAGGAGCCAUAUCAUUCACAGCUUGUUUUAUCCAGAUGUACUUCGUACACUAUUUCGGUUCAGUAAACUCCUUAAUUCUAUUCCUCAUGGCUUUAGAUCGCUAUUUGGCCAUCUGUUACCCACUUAGAUACCCAAGUAUAAUGAAAAACUCCACCAUUCUCAUCAUUAGUAUCACUUCAUGGGUUUUGGCUAAAGUUGGUCCUUUAAUGAUGGUGAUCAGAGCCUAUCCUCUUCCAUACUGCUCCUCCAACAGAAUCAUACAGUGCUACUGUGAUCACAUCUCUAUAACAGAGCUUGCCUGCACCAGUAGACUCCCUUAUAGUAUUCCUGCUUUUAUCAAUGCUAUGAUUUAUCUGCUUGCGCCUCUGGUCUUCAUAGCAUUCUCCUACAGCUCUAUUAUUGUGGCAGUUCUAAGGAUCCGAAGCACCCAAGGACGUAACAAAACCCUUUCCACCUGCAGUGCUCAGCUGAUCAUCAUUGCCCUUUAUUAUGUACCCAGGUGUUUUGUUUAUCUGGCCAGCAAUGUUGGAAUUAAAUUCAGCACUGAUGUACGUAUCUUAAUCAUCAUGUUGUAUAGUCUGAUUCCUCCUAUGAUAAACCCACUUAUAUAUUGUUUUAGGACUAGAGACAUUAGAGAGUCUUUAACAAAAAGGUUCAAGAGGUCAAAAUCUACACAAACAGGUAAUAUCUCUUCUGUAUGCAACUCCUGA